CUCACAUGAGCAAAGAGCAGCAGCUCUGCUCCAUCACUCACACCUGAAGCGGCCACAUCAGCUUUAUCUGAAGAAUUUUGCUUAUUUUUAUUAAAUGAAUGACAAGUCUGUAGGGGAUCAGAGAAAAAUCAACUGUAACUGAAGGUGUGGUACCAUGUUGGAAUUAAACAAGGUGGUACUCCUGCUGUCUGUCCUGGCUUCAGCUGCUCUGGGCCAAGGACCUUUGAGGACCAGGAGCAAGUCAGACAGGAGCAGGAGAGCGGCCCUCAACACCUUCACUGACUCACAGACGACAGGCGUGACAGAGUGGACGUCUUGGUUCAACAUCGACCAUCCUGGGGGUAAUGGAGACUACGAGCGCCUGGAGGCGAUCCGUUUCUAUUACAGGGAGAGAGUUUGUGCUCGGCCCAUGGCCAUGGAGGCCCGCACUACAGACUGGGUAGCAGCGGCAGACACAGGGGAAGUGGUCCACUCCAGUCUGGAGAAGGGCUUCUGGUGCAUCAACAGAGAACAGCCCACGGGCCGCAUCUGCUCCAACUACCAUGUCCGCUUUCAGUGUCCCCCAGUGCAGAGCUACUGGACAGACUGGAGUGAGUGGGGUUCCUGUUCAACCACGGUCUGUAAUGACGUUGGCAUCCAGGUCCGCCAGAGGACAUGUGUGAACACGCAGCCCAUGCCUCUCCUGUUGGUGAGAGCGUGCCAGGGACACCAUUCAGAAAGGAGGGAGUGCUCCAACCCUCCAUGCACAGCCAAGUGGAAUCCGUGGGGUCGAUGGGGAAUGUGUUCAGUGACCUGUGGUGGGGGUCGCAGGAUUAGGAGGAGGACCUGUGUGAGGAGUUCAGCGACUGUUCAGUGUUCUGGACGGCCCGCUGAAAUACAGAAGUGUGGAAGGAGUCCAUGCCCAGCCAAAUGUCAGCUCCAGUGCACUGAGGGCAGCCCCAAUGAGGACUGCAGCCGGUGCACUUGUGAUAACCAUAUACUGCAGGGGGAUGUCCACAGUGUGACCGGGGCCCCUGUGGCAGAAGCCUUGGUGGCUCUGGCCAGCCAGCCCAAGGUGAACCUAGCCCGCACAGAUGCCAAUGGUCAGUUCAGGUUCACGGGAAUCUGCUCCUCCAAACCCACAUUGAUUUCAGUCAGGAAGGAUAAGUUUGCUCCAAUCACCAUCUCCACCUCAAGCAACUCCACAGGGUUGUCUUGGGUACGGGCAGUCCUCAAAUCAGCUGAAAAGCCAUACAUCGUGAAGCACCCGGAGGACAAAGUGCGUUACGAGGGAGGACGGGUGAUGUUAUGCUGCAAGGCAACAGGAUCACCAGCACCUGACAAAUACUACUGGUUCCACAAUGGGACUCUGCUGGACAGGAAGGUGUACAAGUAUGAAGAGGACCUCGUACUGUGGGACCUGAAGCCAGAGCAGUCAGGGCUGUACUACUGCAAGACCAGCAGCUCUGCAGGCAGCAUCAAGUCCUCUGCAGCCCUUCUCACUGUGAUUGCGAAAGGAAAGCCAGCAUGCAAUUCCACCCCUGAGAAACACCUCAUCAGACUGCCGAUGGACUGUGUUCAACCCGGGACUGACUCCAUGCAUUACAACGCUGGCCGUUGCCCUCAUAACAAAUGUGCUGGCUCCUUAGACUUUGAUAUGCGCUGCAGAGAUGGAACUGGUUUCUGCUGCGGGGUCCAAAAUAUGGAAAGUCGAAUCAUUAACUGUGGGAGCUACAGCCUCCAUCGGGCUGUGACACAGUGCAGCUGUCAGAAAUGUUUGCAGCCCACUGUGCUGGUCCGUGGCAGAGUAGUCACAGCUGAUAAUGGUGAGCCUCUGCGUUUCGGUUACAUCUACAUUGGUAAAGAGAGGGUGGGCACCACUGGAUUCCAAGGAGGGUUCACUUUGCAGAUUACCCCUGAUACAGAGAGAUUGGUGGUAAACUUUGUUGACCCCUCUCAGAAUUUCAUCGACACUCCAAAGGUGUUCCUUCUUGAUAAGAAAGGUGGGUCCAUCUACUAUGAUGUGAAGGUGAUGAGAAAGCAGACACCUAUUGAUAUCAAUGCAGGAGAGACCAACUCCAUUAAUCUAGGCGAAAUUGAAGGGGAAGACCCCAUUGGUCAGUUAGUUAUUCCUCCCAACUCCUUCCACAAGGACAAUGGAGAACUCUAUGAGGGAACUGUAAAAGCCAGCGUCACAUUUAUUGACCCAAGAAAUAUCACUACCGCGGCCGCAGCCCCGGGCGAUCUAAACUUUGUCGAUGAUGAGGGUGACAUGCUCCCUUUGCGGACCUAUGGCAUGUUCUCUGUGGACUUCAGAGACGAAACCAACAAGGAGGUACUCGGAGCUGGAGCUGUUCAAGUUCUUCUCGAUACGCAGCAUGUCAAAAUGGAAGAACACAUUCCGAAAAUGAAACUGUGGUCUUUAAACCCAGACACAGGAGUCUGGGAAGAGGAAAGUAAUUUCUCCUACACCACAACAACUGCUGGUGGUCAUGGGCGGAGCAAACGGGAGGACCGCACAUUCCUCAUAGGAAACAUGGAGAUCAGAGAACGUAGGCUGUUCAAUUUAGACGUGCCAGAAAACCGACGAUGCUAUGUUAAAGUCCGUGCCUACAUGAGUGACAAGUUCUUAUCUAGUGAACAGCUUGAGGGUGUUGUGAUCACCUUGAUAAAUCUGGAACCCAAACCUGGAUAUUCCUCUAACCCUCGGGCAUGGGGUCGUUUUGACAGCGUCAUAACUGGAACCAACGGGGCUUGUUUACCAGCUUUUUGUGAUGCCCAAAGGCCCGAUGCUUACACAGCUUAUGUCACAGCAAUGAUGGGUGGGGAAGAACUGGAGGCAGCUCCUUCCUCCCCUAAGAUGAAUCCAAACAUCAUUGGAGUGUCUCAGCCAUAUCUGGAUAAAAUAGACUACCAGCGGUCAGAUCAUGAGGAUCCAGCUCUGAAGAAAACAGCAUUCAAAAUCAAUUUGGCAAAGCCUAACCAAAAUAAUUUUGAUGAGACCAAUGGGCCAAUAUAUCCGUAUUCAAAUUUGAUCAGUUGUGAAAAUGCCCCUUUUGAUGCAAAUCAUUUCAGAUUCUUUAGAGUGGAAAAGGACAAGUAUGAGUACAAUGUUGUUCCCUUUGAAGAGAAUGAUUUGACGACAUGGACAGGAGACUACCUCUCAUGGUGGCCAAAUCCCCAAGAGUUCAGAGCAUGUUUCAUUAAGGUCAAGAUCCAUGGACAGAAGGAAGUGAUGGUACGGUCAAGGAAUUCGGGAGGAACACACAGAGAAACGAAAGGCAAACUUUAUGGCAUAAGAGAUAUUCGCAGCACCCGGGACAUGCGAGAAGCUAACACUUCAGCAGCCUGUGUGGAGUUCAAAUGCAGUGGCAUGUUGUUUGAUCAGGCUGAGGUGGACAGAUCCAUCAUAACAGUCCUCCCACAGGGGAACUGUCGCAGGACCGGCACCAAUGGCCUUCUACAAGAGUAUCUCAUCAAACAUCCACCAGUAGCCCACAACAAUGAGUCCCAUGGAUUCACCAUGCAAGCCCCUGUCGAUCCUUUGGGACACAACUAUGGCAUCUACACAGUCACAGACCAGAACCCAAGAGUGGCCAAAGAGAUCGCUAUAGGCCGCUGCUUUGAUGGCACCUCAGACGGUUUUUCCAGGGAGAUGAAGUCAGACUCUGGCGUGGCGCUGACCUUCAGCUGUCCAGAGAGGAAAAUUAACAGAGAAAGCCUUUUCCAGCGUCUGCAGACCAACCCAGGUCAGACUCUGUCUCAGAUGGCGAGGGACAUGAGGGAGUCAUCAGGUCUACAGGUGCAGGGAUUAUCCAGCCAGAUGGUGGCCUAUCCUUCAGAGCAGCAGGGCAGGACCCAAAACCGCAGAGUCAGCUCUACAACCAGGAGGAGAGUGUCCAUGCGAUCACAGCAACGUCAAUAGAUGUUUCAAGGUCUUCUGUCAAGACUCAUGACAAGGAUUUCAUCAAAUCAAGGACGUAAAAGUUGCACGUUUGUUCAUGAGUAUGAACUCCUUCAUAACUGGGGAGCCAUAAAACCGAGGCAGACAGCAACUCAGCAAAAUGAAUGAGAUUGCUUGAAGAUAUUGUUUAGACUUACCAGUAUACUUACUUGAAGGAUUUGGUAUAUUGUUUCCUCCUCCCUCUUAAAAGACAUGCAAUUAUUUGACAUUAUGUGUUAUGCUGUGACUGGCAUUUACUUAAUUAGCUUUUGUCUGAGUUUAUGUAUGAAGAAAAUAGACUGAGGUUUGGCAGUGUAACUUUUAUAGAUCUCAUUUUGAGCAUUCCAAUUUCUCCAUGGUGUAUUUUUUUUUUUUUGCUGAUUUCUCUGAAAGAUUGAGUGAAAACCAAACCUUUAGAAAAUGAAAAUAUUACGUCACGCCCCAAACACUUUCUAAAAGGCCAUUGCUUUCCAUUAAAUAUCUUUUCAAGAUCAGAAAGGAACCAACUUGAGGCAGACACUGAAUCCUUUUUCUACAAACCAGAAAAAACUCUCCACCUUUAGCCAAAGAGACACGUACAGGGGGUUUAGGAAUGCCACCCAGAGAACAGAGGAUGUUUUCAGUCAUGCUUCUUAAUGUUUUUCACCAGCAUGCUACAUUGCCAACUGUGAUUCAGCCAAACGUCCAUUCACACCUACUUAAAAUGUGCAAGAACAAGAACGUGGCCAAGACAAGCAUUGAUCUUACUUGCAGCAGGCAGUCUAAAAGGAGCACAGUUGAUUUAGAAGUAUGACAUAGUUUCCUCCUGUCCUCUGCACAUUACAAAAUAAAACCAAAGAAAAUGUUACCGAAAUACACAUUUUCAAUUAUCCCAGUUUUCAGAAACCAUUACAGAGACUAAAGGGACUUUUGUUGUCGGGUAAUGUGCUUGUGAGCUGCCUUUACAUCUGUGUUUGAGUGCAAUAACUAAAUAAUUUAACUUAAUAGCUCUUGAAGAUUAGCAUGUAACAAACUAAUACAGUACAUAAAGAUUGCUGCUGGUAAAUGAGAAAUAACUUAUUUAGUGCGUGAGCUAGAUAAUAUGGUAAAGGUGAGUUUAGGAGACCUUGUACAGGACUCAUCUGAAACAAAAUAACUUAACUCCCAUGUUAUCAGUCUUCAACGCUCUGAACUGCGUAGAACAUAUUAACCUUUUUUUAUUCUUUGCUGCAUGACUCGAGAUGAUUUUACAAUUUGUACACUACAGUAAUCUUUUCAACUUCAGAGAGCAUUCUUUUUAGAGGUAGUUAAACUUAGCAGAGACUUAUUUCCCUUUACUAGACUUAUUGUGUCAUUCUGAUAAUCAAAGAGUGAUCACAUUUGAGAAUUUAAAGGCCAUGUUUUCACAAAUCCUGUCAUUGUGACACUAUAAGUUUAUUCAAAGUACAUCUUAAUAGAUGGAUUGAGACAGAAUAUGAGAUUUAAAUAACAAAAAUAAUGCUAUUUAAAUUGAAGUUGGUGAUAGCAAGAAACUUCCCUUGGUCAUAGAAGUGCCAAAUUUGUUUCUGUGCGAAGUUGCAACUGCAGACCCAUGGGAAAAAGCUCUGCAACCCGAACUAAUUAAAAACCAAAUGAGGGGGGGCAUGGUCCAUGGAGAAACCAGGAGAGGCUGACUAGUAAUCAUAAGCCUGCUGUUAAUUUAAAAAUAAAUUACAUAUCCUCUUGAGAACUAUUAAAACAGUUUGAACCUGACUUUCACAAAGAGACAAGUUAAUUUCCAAUUUACAAAGGAUAGAGUUAAGUCAUCAACAAUAUACUGAUCCCAAGAGGACCACGGUCAAACCAUUAGCUGUACACAGGAAACUCCAUUCAAGCCUGAUUACCUUACCAUUCCUUAUAUGCAGUAGACCUAUUGUUUGUGUGAUGCCAGUGUGAAGUUAAAUUCAAAAUUGAAGCCAUACACCCUGCACUUAAACUUGGCCCCAUGUCGAAAAAAGCUAUCUUUUUCCAUUAUGAACUAAGAGCAGCACACUCCAGAAAAACACUCAAAAUAAGCGUUAAAGGGUGAAAACACAUGGUAGCUUGCCAUUAUCGCUGACCUCUGUAAUCACAGGCCUGUGGGCCGUCCACGACUCAGAUCUCCAGAUGAAAACAAACAUUUUCCCGAAGCAGACAUAGCAUCAACCGUGUACAGAAAAGAUGAUGAUUGAAUCCAGGUGUGGGAAGAGAUAAGUCCCAUAAGAGAAGGAAUGGUUGUGUGAGGUCAGCUGAGGAGGCCCAACAGCUGUAGAGCAACUGGAGGAAAUGUUAGACCAAAGACAUCAAAAGAAAAAAUAACAGCAAGAUUAUCUAGUGAUGGAUUUAAUCAUUUUUGGGGAACUGUUUGGUAAAGGGGAAAAAAAAGCGAGGAAAAUAUUCGUGAUCUCUGGCCUCCCAGUCCAUCAUUUACAGAAUCUCAGGCUUCAAAAGUGGUUUCACGUGGAAAAAAGACGGGGUUUUUUUAAGGAAAAAUACUUUGACAGGAGAAUUGUCUUAUUCAUGAGGAGAAGCUAUCAGGGGAAUUUGGAAGACAAGGUAGCAAUAAUAGGAGUAAGCUAUUAUGUAAACCUUUGCAUGGGAAAGUUAGCUGAGCUCUCCAAACAGUUACUUUGUCUUCUGGGGAACUUCAAAGGAGAUUAAAGGACCUCUGCAAUGUGUGGUUUAAUGACUAAAGAACAUUUUCCCAAAGUCUUUAGAAUCAAGUAAAGAGAAAUGAAGACUUUUUCUAACAGAUAAAUCCCCACUGCAUGGAAAAACAAAUGUUUGUAUCAUCCGAUUGGCAGUAUACUAUUGCUACAGAUGUAGCCGACAAUCAAGUCUAGUCAUCCCCUCAGACCUUCUGGCAAAACUUGGGUUGUUUUUGCAACAACAACAACAACAACACAAAAGUGAGUUGCUUUUUUUAGUUUGCCUCCUUGUCCCAAAAUGGGGUUGCAUGUGAAGCUAGGCAGAAAAUUCUCUUUCUCCACCAGAACCCACCAAGAAUUUCUCUGUAAAUUAAGCAUGAACCGAUUUAUCCAUUUUCUAUUCUGAACAGUCCAUCUGGUCUCAACCAGAUCAUAAUUUAUUCAUGGGGGUCGUUCUGAAACCUUUCCACCGCUGUCUGUAAUUUGUGAAGAGUUGUAUAUGUGCCACUGUGCUCCAGGGAUCCUUCCUGAGCUUGAGUAAAACAAAUACAUAAAAUGAACUUGGGAUGGUAUUCUGUAGACGCUUAAAUAUUGCAUGUCGAGACAUCUUGUUUCUCUCUGAAUUAAGUUUGUAUUUGUAAAUUGUGUAUUGUAUGAAAUCUACUAUUAUUGUACGAACAAGACUGUAAAUAAAUCAUUUUGUGUAAAGAUU